AUGUCGUUUUUUUCGGCGGAAGCAGUGAAUCUUGGCGCCGGCCCACGUGUCGCUCCCAGAUUUCCUCAAGCGAUGGCGAGUACAAAGUGCCAGACCGGGAAAUGA